GGAAAGGCUUCUCUAGACAAAGUUUUGGAUAGCACAGGCUUCCCAGUCAAAUGGCUGAGGCCCAAAUCCUUGAUUUGGACAGGAAUAACUGGAUGAAAUUUCAGUUUCACGUAGUUACUGUUACUAGCAAAUGACUGCAGCCUUUCCUGUGUUUUUAUUAGACUGUGGUUAGAUAUUCACAAGUGACAUAAGCCAUUUAGCUGACGUAGUACUACUCUUGUGACUGUAGUUGCAGGACCUGUGAACAUCAGUAUUUAUAAUUUAAUCUCUAAUGAAUUCCAGGUGUUCUGUGCUAAUGCAAAGACUUACAAAAACCAUAUGUAGCAAGACUGUUUAAAAACCUAUUGGCUUGAAAUUUGCAGUAAGAGCUUCACAUGAAGCAAAAAGAAUACUCACUUUUGCAAUUCUUUCUUAAUGUUCUGCAAACAAGUAAGUUCUAAGCAUUCAACAACACUGUUGCUAGAGCCAUGCUGUUUCCUUCAUCUAGAGGAGGAAUCUGGGAAAUAGUUUUGUCAGCUUUGUCAGUGCUUGUAUCGAGAACUGCAUGAAAAAAACAACACCUAAUACAGCAUGCUGGUAGAGUAAUCUCUUAGAAUUUACCCAGGAGCUGCUUUGCACAUAACAACUUGGCCUUAGACUAUCAGGUACCACUAGACACUUCAUUUGUUUUAGAAAAAAAACAUUUUGUUUAUUGAUGAAACAAUUUACAUGUAAAAUAUGCAUGCAAUGAUUAGCCUUUUUUCUUGCAUCUUUUUUUUUAGUUAACAAUUACAUUUCUAUAACUAUUGUCAUUGUGCUAGCAAAGACAGGGGGCCAAAUAUGGAAACAUAAUGAUUUCACAUAUACUGUACAUUAGUUUUAUCAUUACCAAAAAAAAAAACAACAACAAUGCACACAGAAGCAAAGGUCUGCACAGAAAGAUUACAGCAUUUUACUUCACAAAGUGAAAUCAGGUCUUCUUCUUCUUUUAAACACAAAUAUCUCACAAAGCUUGAUGCAGAAGUGGCCAUGUUCCCAGCCUGAACAGCUUUUCCCUUCUCAUUGUGGACAGGUGAGCCCGUAGCUACAGAACAAAUCCUGCACAAGUAAGUAUUUGUAAUGUGCCAUUUCUGCACAGAACACAUUGUUGUGAAAGAAAAAGAAAAAAGGAACUAAACGUACACAGAGUGUCACAAUAUAACAGGAUGUGGCAGUGUCAACACAUGCAAGGGUCAGGCAGAAAAGAUUUAAUCAUCCAAGAGUAAUUAUUUCCAGAUACAAAAUUGAGUGGUUUUGUUCCCCUUCUGCAGAUUAUUCUGGCCAUUUGGAGUUGCAAAUUUAAAUUUAAAUUGUGAACAAAACUGAUAGUUGCAUUUGGGAAGUUAAUUUGACUACCACAUUAACAAUUAUCAUUGCUGUUAAUUAAUUAUGAUUAAUUAACAGCAAUAAAUUGGUAUGACAGGAAGGUGCUUUUAAACAUUAAUUUUAAACAGUAAAUCAUUUUGUGUUGUAUGCGGAAAGGCCUAAUCCGCCAAAUAAUGCAAUCACCAUGAUGACUGUGAUUGUGAUUGUGUGGGGUCAUUAGGGAUAGCUCUGAAAAUUAAUGAAUUCAUGAAUUAAAUUACAAAUUAAUGAAGGGGCACUUUAGAGGCCUCACAAGUCCAAGAUGGGGAAAGGAGACACACAAACUAGUGCAGGCCUAGAGGAAAGCACACAAAAAGAUCUGUAGUGAUAAAGAAAUUGACUUUUAGACUUGCCUUAAGCUUAUAGUUUCCAGGUUUUUGUAUUAAUGUGUUUUAAAAAUUAAAUCACUAUCCAACUAGAUGCCUAGAUAUUCUUAAGGUGUGGAAUGUUUCAAUGUACUUUUACUUACAAUAACGAUACUGGCAUGGCUAUUAAUGGAGAAGAUCGCAUUAUUGUUAUAUAAUUGUAUUAGUAUAGUUUUUUCAGAGUUCAAUAGAAGACAAUUCACGGAAAGUCCGUUUAAACUUUGAGCAUUAAAACUUAUUAAUGUAUACAAAAGGACAAAGUGUGUACUGUGCUUUACUAUCCUCUAGAGCAGGGGUUUUCAAACUUUUUUGACAUGAACACCCCCCCAACCCAAAACCCAUUGAGAAAACAAAGCGAACACCCUCGUCACACCCACUCACGCAAUAUAAUUGACAUUAUGCAUACAUAAAUGCAUGUCAGCGCCUUUCAUUAAUUUGCUUUAACAGUUUCACGUUCACCACUGUUGUUAACUUUAGCAGUAAGCCACCGGUCCAUUUUUAAGUUUGUAAUCGUGGUAUAAUGUGAAGUCUCGUUUCUGCGGCAGCCUUCGCCGAUGAGAAUAGACGGCAGGUAGUCUGCUUAUCCAGGGACAUGAACCAGAUUGCAACACCCCCCUCUAGUGGAUGAAUAAUGAAUUGCUAUUAACCUCUGAAACAGCAUGUUCGCUGCACUUGUUUAAUUCUUUUUCAUUUCACUUGCGUGUUUGCGCCUAAAUGUCUCGUACUCUCGCACCAUUUCGAAUUUCCACGGGGUUAAAAUACAGCUUUGGAUGCCGUCCGACACCAGAAAAUGUCAGUUUAAAUCAGUUAGAUCAGUUUAAAAUGUGCAUCCAGAGAUCUCCGUGAACCUGCUCCACCUGCAUUCGGCGCAAUGAGGUAUAACUUCACCUAAUACAUAGUUACCUUUUUCUUUAAUUCUCCAUUUAAGUAUCACAAUUGUGAAGUGGGCUCAUUUUACCUUUUCCACAAUCGUUUAAGGCAGGCUGCGCUUUGGUAUUUGUUUCUGGGAUGCAGUAUAAUGGAUGAAGGCGUAGACUUUCUUUUCCCGAUUAGUUAGAAGAACCAAUCAGGAUUUUCCACCUGCAAAGUAAGUUCUUUUAUUUCUCGGGAGACCGGAGUAUGUAAACCGUGCUUGUAAAGUUCUGCUCAUAUUACUGAACUGGGCGCUCACACCUAGUUUAGAUUUUGCGAUGGCAGCUGAGGUGGUGCUGAACACGGGAGCAAAAAUUCCCAUUGUGGGUCUCGGGACAUGGAAGAAUGGACCUAAACACCUCCAUUUCCACCAAAGUGGGGCUAUCUAAGGAAAAAAAUGAGGUGGAUAUUGAUGCCAUUAUGGAAAAAGUGUUAAUAUUCCUCUACAGCCUCACCGUCAUCCUGGGGAUCUGUGGCAACACUAUGGUCAUCUGGGUAACUGGUUUCCGCAUGAGGAGAGCUGUCACCAAUGUGUGGCUCUGCAACCUUGCGGUGGCAGACCUUAUUUUCUGUUUCACCCGCACCACCUCCCUCAUCAAGAACCUCUUCUUCAGCUACUGGCCCUUUGGCUCCUUCCUGUGCAAGUUCAACGGCUUCUUCAAGUACGCCAACAUGUUCUGCAGCGUCUUCCUCCUGGCCGUCAUCAGCCUGGACCGCUGCAUUUCCGUGUUGAAGCCGGUCCGGACGCGGCAGCGCCGCACCCUGCCGAUGGCCACGCUGACGAGCGUAGCUGUCUGGGCGCUAGCCGUUGGCUUCAGCCUGCCAUACUUCAUUUUCCGUCAGACAUCCCCCGACCCCGAGAACGGUAACCUCACCAAGUGCUCCUUCGACGUUCCGGGCAGCAGUGGGAGCGAGACCAAGCUGGCGCUCUACAUUGUGCGUUUCCUCUGCGGAUUUCUCCUUCCCUUCUUGGUCAUCUCCAUUUCCUACACCUUGGCUGGCUGCAAGCUGUGGCAGACAAGACUGUCCCGGAAAGGCAAAUCACUGAAGCUCAUCAUGGCGCUGGUCUGUGCCUUUUUCCUCUGCUGGGCUCCGUACCACUUCUUCCUGUUGGCCAAGAUGGUCAACAAGAAGUCCAUGGCGGUGAAGAUAGGCCUGCCUCUCUUCAAGGGACUGGCCUACCUCAACAGCUGCAUCAACCCCAUUCUUUAUUUUUGCAUGGGCCUUGACCGCAAUAAAAGGUUUAACCAGAGCCUCUCGGCGGUCUAUCGCAGGGCCCUGGCCGAAGAUUCAGAAUCAUCUACAAUGGGGAGAUCCAUUAAGAGAGAAAGGGACUCCAUAGACAACAGUUUGGAUGUUGCCGAGUUAUGAACACUUUAUGGACAGAAUCCUGCUGUCAUCACAACUCUUUCCUUUUGAUCCACUGACUCUGUGACCGGUUGCCCAAUGCUGGAAUAUAGAGAUUUUCGAUUGAUUUAAACUGAUGAAAGAAUUAAGUAUGGGAGCAAACCCAAAGAGCGAGUAUAUAAAAUAUCCUCCCACAAUCUUUGAAGUCUCACAAAAUGUAGGGAGUCGUCAGUACUUUCACUGCUCUCAAGGAAAGGAUGGAGGAGAUCCUGAGAUCAGUGUACUAAACCCCCAAUGGCCUUUUCUGACUUGCAAACUUUCUUAUGUUCUUAUCAACAGGACAGUCUACAACGCAAGAUGUAGACAGACAUAAAUGUCUGACAUAUAUCUAAACUCAAAAUGACAGAGCUGGAUAAAUUUACAGGAUGUACAUUCAGCAAAUGCAAAUGAUAACACUGGUUCUUUAGCCUCCUUUGAUAAUGUUUUUAUAAAAGCAGUGAAUCCUCUAGCACUGCAACCUGAAUCCUGUAGACUAGUUAGUUGAGUUAACCGUAUCUGACAAUGUUAAGAUGUACAGAGUAUGUUAUGGCUGACCGAUGGUUUUCUUUCCUUAUUUUUCCCAUAUUACUCCUAAUGCCUGCACUUACUACAUGGCAGAAAAAAACAUUAAAUCAUACCUUGAGGCCUGUUAAUAAUAAAAAAGUGACCCGAAUAGUGUCAGAAUAAGAGAGAAAUGUGGAGACAGGCCCACAAUGCAUAAAUGCGAAAAGACAUUUUGAAAUUUCGGGCACAAUGUUUGUUUGUUAUUAUUCCUAGUUUCCAUUAACUUAAGUGAUUUCUCUUCUCUCGUUGACUUUGAAAUUUGUUUUGUUUCAAUAAAGGGCUCACAGGAAGCAAUUGUUGUUUUUGCAACAGUUAACCUGCUUAGCAGUGGUCUGCUGAUUCACUGUGACAGACUGAUUUAAAACUUAUUGCAAAAUCAAAUUACCAUAGCAACAUGUCCCCUUCUUUAAAGUCCUUUUUACUUCUUAGAAGUUAAUUUUCUCUUUCUUUCAAGCUUCACUUUUUCUUGAAUCUUUAGCAACAGCGAUGCUUGUGGGAUGCAGAAUGCUCAUGUAUCUGUUGCCUAUUUGGGUCUAUUUUAUUUUUAUGGAGUUGAGGAAUAAAAGAAUUUCUAAUUUCCUCAUGGCUCCAACAGUAGAGGUGCUGACCUAAGUACAAGCUGAUCUCUGUCAUUUGAGAUAUAAGAAGUCGCUUGCUGACCGUGACCCUUAUUCCCCUAAUAGUGGAGCACAACUGAAUCAACGGCCCCAGGGUCACCAGGUGUAGCCUUUGGAUGACAUGGACCAUGGCUUUCUUGGAGCAAGAGCAAAGCCUGUGAUUUCCUGGGUGCCUGCAAUCUCUCAAUGCUGUCAGCAAAGGAUUCUUCUCCAAUAGGUCCUUAACCGGUCACACUUGACAGCACAACCCGACCCAUCUUAAAAGGUGAAUGAUUGUGUGGUUGCAUAGAUGGCUGUAAAAUGCAAAGAUGCACAACUGAGUGAAGCCUAUUACAAGCUCUCACCAAUAAUCACUCUUUCUGAGUAUUGUAUUGUAGAAAGACAGAUGGGAUGUAUCUGGCUGUCUUGUAUGUGACUAAAUUACUAGAACAGAUUGAACUGUGUGUCUUGUAUCUCCUGGGGUUAUAAUCUAGUUAAAAAUAGAACCCUGUUGCUCUGUAAAGCAGAAUAAAUGCUAUAAUAACCAUUAUAGAGCUGCACAAGAAGACACAUGCAUGUUUUCUGAAGGCUAGCCAGGAAUAACUUCCUGAUGUGAAAAUAAUUUUCAUUUUAUUCUCUUUCAAGAAACUGCCUGAGUAGAAUUAUUUGAGUUAUUGGCUGUUGGUUUUACAGGUGAAUUUAACACUUUGAAAACAAAAUGAAAAUGGUCUGUGUGUCAAUGAGUGCUAUCUGUAUUGUCUCUUCUCUUCAUAGUCUUAAAACGAACCUCAUUAAAGAAGUACGGGAUUAUUAACAGAAAGUACAAUGAAUGAAUUGAUUCAGGAAAAUCAAUGUAAUGUUCCAUAGAAAACAAUGUGCCUUACCUGUCUUGCAAAUUGUCUGGGAUCUUUGCUUCAGCACUGUAAUUUUGAAAUUUCUUUAAUUUUAUAGAACUUUGAUAAAAUAUUUUAAUAGAAAA